AUGGCAGGGUCCCAGAGGCCUAGAACGAGGACGGCAUCGACGUGCAAGCGAGAGACGGCGCGGGACACGUACGCGUUCAAGAUCGCCGGCUACAGCCGGCACAAGGAGGCUUCGGCGUCGGCAAACAAGUACAAGGACUGCGUUGUUGUCUGCCUCGAGCUUAUGAGCAAGCAAACCCAGGCGAGGGCGUGCUUCGACUUCUGGCUGCCGCUGGUAAACCAGGCCCUCGGGAUGUGUGAGGUUCUGCGAUGCAUGGAGGAACAGAAGGUGUUCAGCAACACUGACGCCAGUAAAAAUGUCUGGGGAGCCCGCAGUUUAAAGAAGAAGAGUGAGCUGGAAGCGUGGCCGUACUUGAGGGACGACUUCCUCUUGUUCUGUGUUCAGUACAAGUCUUAA